UCAUCUUCGUCUUGUUUACCACUCUGAUCAAUCAUUUCCAUAUAUACACAAACGACAAAACUCAAAUCAAAUAAUAGAAUGGUUGCCUCAGUUUCCCUAUUUGCCUCUCUUGCACCAUACUUAGUCUCAGCAUUACUUCUAUUCCUUCUGCUCGAGCAACUCUCUUACCAUGUCAAAAAAAGAAACCUCCCUGGCCCCCUCUUCGUCACCCCAAUCAUUGGAAACGUCAUUGCACUCCUCCGUGACCCAACUUCCUUCUGGAACAAGCAAUCUGCGAUGGCAAACACUUCCGUUGGCCUCUCCACCAACUACCUCAUUGGAAAGUUUAUUAUCUACAUUAAAGAUGCAAAGCUUUCCAAUAUAAUCUUCUCCAACAUUCGUCCCGAUGCUUUCCAACUUAUUGGUCAUCCAUUCGGCAAGAAGAUCUUCGGUGAACACAGCCUUAUCUUUAUGUUUGGCGAGGAUCAUAAGUCCGUUCGUCGUCAAGUCGCUCCUAACUUCACCCGUACGCCACUCUCCAUGUACUCUUCCUUACAGCAAACAGUUAUCAUGCGUCAUUUACGGCAGUGGGAGGAAAGUUUUUCCCGUGGAUCUCGGCCAGUUUCGAUGCGACAACUCAUCCGUGAACUCAACCUCGAGACUUCUCAGACGGUUUUUGUCGGACCAUACCUCGACAAGGAAGUCAAGAACUCGAUCCGUGAUGAUUACAAUCUAUUCAACCAAGGAACAAUGGCACUCCCAAUCGACCUCCCAGGGUUCGCGUUCGGCGAGGCUCGUAAGGCGGUAUCGAGACUAGUGAACACAAUGGUUGUUUGCACGAGAAAAUCAAAAGCCAAGAUGGCCACAGGAGAGAAUCCAACAUGCCUAGUCGAUUUCUGGACGCAUUCGAUCGCUGCGCAGAAUCCGCCGCUUCCUCACUCCGUAGACGAGGAGAUUAGUUGUGUGGUCGUUGAUUUUCUGUUUGCAGCACAGGACGCAUCCACAUCAUCACUCCUCUGGGCAGUGGUGCUUCUUGAGUCGGAGCCAGAAGUGCUAAGAAGAGUCAGGGAGGAAGUCGCAAGUUUUUGGUCGCCUGAGUCCAAUGAGUUGAUCACAGCCGAUCAGCUCGUGGAGAUGAAGUUCACGCGGACUGUGGCGCGUGAGGUCCUUAGAUACCGACCACCAGCAAGUAUGGUUCCACACGUUGCUGUUAGUGACUUCCCUCUCACGGAAUCGUACACAAUACCUAAAGGUACAGUUGUGUUUCCUUCCCUUUUUGAUGCCUCGUUUCAAGGGUUUACUGAACCAGACCGGUUUGAUCCUGACCGGUUUAACGAGACAAGGCAAGAGGAUCAGGUAUUCAAACGCAAUUUUUUGACUUUUGGAAUUGGCUCGCACCAGUGCGUAGGCCAGCGUUACGCGCUGAACCACCUCGUUCUCUUCAUUGCCAUGUUCACGUCGGUGUUCGAUUUCAAGAGGGCCCGAUCGGAGGGCUGCGAUGAUAUUGUGCAUAUCCCAACGAUGUCACCCAAAGAUGGGGGCAUGGUUUUCUUGUCUAGCCGCGCCGGUGUCUCUCCUUGAAUUACUUUGGUACAAGUCAUCGUCGGUGUAUAUUCUAUAUCGCUUUUCAUGAUGUGGCCUAAGUGUCAUUCAGUUUGAGAGGAGACGUCACGUCAUUGUGUUGCCAUGUCUUCACCAUCUAUGUAUGUUGUUGUUUUUUCUUUGUCCCAAUGAUGUUAUAUUAUAGUAACUUAUUUCAUAAGUUUCAGUUUCAUUAAUAAGAAAACACCCGCCUAUUUACCCGAAUAUAA